CGUCUGCAUAUGCCUCCUGUUUCACAGCCUGCCACGGACGAAUAAUUCGUGCGACGUGGGACGCUAACAAUGCCGGUUCUAUUGGUGACCUCACCACCAGGUACCAGAGGAGGGGGUUCCUUUGAUGCUUUGCAAGCUUCUUGAUACGAGUAUAACAACACUUCUUAUGGAGGGUUCCAAUACAAAAGACAGACGCUGCAUCACUAAGAUCAUCGCGUCAGACAGGCACUAACGUCCUGAUCUUCAUUUCGAGUCCUCCACGCAUAUCACCUGUUGAUCAUUGCUUUCUAAGCCCCGUUGAGCGCCAGACUCAACAUGUCCGACGAGUUCAUCAUUCAACCAAACUUCGGACUCACUUUUCGCACAUUCCUGCACUCUCAAUUCUUCGGCACACCGCCAUACCUGACACACUCCUUCGCUGGUCAGACAGUAAUCGUGACCGGAUCUAACGUUGGCCUUGGAUUCGAAGCAGCUCGACAUUUCUACCGGCUCAAUUGUGCCAAAUUGAUCCUCGCCGUACGAACCGUGUCCAAAGGCCGGACCGCAAAGGAAGACAUUGUUCGAAGCGUCACGCACCGAACCGAUGGUGCCGAAGCCAUCGAGGUUUGGCCACUGGAUCUCACCAGUACAGCGUCCACGCUCUCCUUUGCUGAGAAGGUCAAGUCCGAGCUGAACCGAGUCGAUGUGGUCGUGGAGAAUGCGGGCAUUAGCACCCAAACAUUGCAUUUUACCGAAGGGUUUGAAUCGGUCAUCCAAGUUAAUGUCAUAAAUACCUUGUUACUCGCCUUGUGUGUCCUCCCCAAAUUGGCCGAGACGCAGAACAAGUUCCCAGGCUCAACUCCACAUCUGGAGAUCGUUAGUUCGGAAGUCCAUCGUUUUACCAAAUUCCCCGAGGCGAAUUCUGAGGAUAUAUAUCAGACGUUGAAUGACGAGAAAGCCUACAAUGGCUUUGAUAGGUACAAUGUGAGUAAGCUCAUGGAGGUACUCUUCGUUCGCGAACUUGUUGCUCGCCUGAGCGAGUCUCAACCUCACCCGCCACCUGUGAUCAUCACACUCGUCAAUCCUGGUCUGUGUAGAUCUUCGCUGGACCGAAGCCUGCAUCCUGUAAUGCAAUGGGCGGGUUUCGUGAUGCGCACCAUCAUUGGACGGUCAACGGAAGUCGGGUCGAGAACGCUGGUAUAUGGGGCUUGCGCCGGGCCUGAGUCACACGGCGCAUUCAUGUCUGACGGAAAGAACCAGGAGGUCGAGGCGUGGAUCUACUCUGAGACAGGCAAGAAGGUGCAGAAGAAGGUCUUUGAACAGACUAUGAGAGUCCUGGAAGGCAGACGGUUCAAAGGUGGGAAGGUUGAUUGGGGGUUGAAUCUAGGCAGGUAGUAUCGCGGCGGUCAUCACUAGCUUCCAGUUCGGCUUUCUCAAGGGCAGAGUGCUUGAUUGCCGAAGCAAUUGGUUAAUCAGAGACUUUGGCUGGUUGUGCCUAGAUGUAGGCUUCCAGUAUGCAAGCA